GCAAACAUGAAUCAAACCGCGCACAAUGCGGUCCGAAUCCCACCGCAGAAAUAUUAAUAAAAGCAACAUCAAUUAUUUAUGAAUUUAUGAAAAGAGAAGCAACGAGUCUCAACAUUUAUUUAUUUGUGUGAUUAAUGUCGCCACUUUGUAAAACUGAUCCACAAAUCAUUUUGUUCACGUGGCCACGCCCCUUUUUUAAUCCAUAAAGUUUCUAUUGGAGCAAAAAUAAAACCGAACCGAAUCUGCUGCCAAGAUUCUCAUCAAUGUUUUCCAACAACCAGCCGAGCAGUUUGGACUUUUACAUCAGCGGGACGCUGGUCGGGUCUCCGUGACGUCAUAGUCCCGGGGCGGUGGGGGUGCGUCGCGGCGCAGGUUCGGUGGGUUGGACUGUCGGUCUGGGAGGUUCCGAGCGGCAGGAGGAGGAUCUGCUGCCUGACAGUCGGAGCUCCGAGUCGGUCAGAGCGCACAGCAGAGCGGCGCUGCUGCACACCGGACCGGACCGGACCGGACCGCUGCCUGAUGCCUCGCGUUGCUUCACCUCUACAGAAACUUUGUGGCAUGAAUUUGGACAGAAUCUCGGAGGCCGUGAGAGCCGCGCCGCCCCGUGACGUGGCCGCCGCGUUUCAUUUACAGAGACCAGCAGAGGCCGGCCGGGAGACUUUAGAGAACUCAAGCAGCGAGUCCUCAGACGCAGAGCUGGCAGAGAAGGAGCGCAGCGCGGAGCACCGCAGCGAUGACGGCAGCGCCGACGACCCGAAGAAGAAGAAGCAGCGGCGGCAGCGGACUCACUUCACCAGCCAACAGCUGCAGGAGCUGGAGGCCACCUUCCAGAGGAACCGCUACCCGGACAUGAGCACCAGGGAGGAGAUCGCCGUCUGGACCAACCUGACGGAGGCCAGAGUUCGGGUGUGGUUCAAAAACCGCCGGGCCAAGUGGAGGAAGCGGGAGCGGAACCAGCAGAUGGACCUGUGUAAGAACAGCUACCUGCCGCAGUUCAGCGGCCUCAUGCAGCCCUACGAAGACAUGUACCCGACCUACACCUACAACAACUGGACCAACAAGGGCCUGGCCCCGGCGCCGCUCUCCACCAAGAACUUCACCUUCUUUAACUCCAUGAGUCCGCUCACCUCGCAGUCCAUGUUCUCCGCCCCGAACUCCAUCUCCUCCAUGAGUAUGGCGUCCGGCAUGGGCCACUCCGCCGUGCCCGGCAUGCCGGCCCCGGGCCUCAACAACAUCAGCAACCUGAACGGCAUCGGAACCUCCGGCAUCAACUCGGCCAUGUCGUCCUCUGCGUGUCCGUAUGGCCCUCCCGGCUCUCCGUACAGCGUUUACCGGGACACGUGUAACUCCAGCCUGGCCACCCUAAGACUCAAGUCCAAACAGCACCCCACGUUCGGAUACAGCGGCCUGCAGAGCCCCGGCUCCAGCCUCAACGCCUGCCAGUACAACAGCUGACGGGCCGCGGGGCCCCGAACCGACCCGCAGGAUCCGCAUCUCUCCCCGAACCAACAACCGAACCGACCUGGAUCCCUGCGGUCAUUUUUUCCAUAAGAGAAAAAAUGGAGUUUACCGAUGAAACAUCCGGGUUCCUGGAGCUUUUCUGAACAAUGAAGACGUGUUACAUUGCUGCACUGUACAUAUUUAACUGUUGAUAUAAACCCAAACUCGGAUUCUGGUUCCGGUACUGGUUGAGCUGAGGUGGCUCCAUUUCGCUUCUCCUUAUUUCCAUUUCGUAGCGACGCACUUAAACUAUUCAGAAACAAAAAGUCAUAGAUAUAAUUAUUUCAUUUGAUCGGUUGAUAUUUUUCUGAACAUUUUUUUCCAUCCGUUUCGUUUCUGGUGAGCAGAAACGGAUCAGCAGGUGGCUCCAUUUCGUACCUAAAAAAACCAACAACAAAAAAAGAAACAACUAGUGUCACCCAAAAUCAUCGGAACUAAUUAAAAAAAAAAGAAUAAAAAUAAGUAAUUACAAAACCGCGAAAUGACCGGCAUCCUUUGCGGCUCAAUUUCGUAGGAAAUUAUGAAAGAGCAAAAUACCCAUAAUUCAUUUCGAAAGGUACGAAAUGGAGCCACAGGUUUUGCUCUUUGUUCGUUUUGGUGCCGAGAUUUUCAGCUCAGAAAACAAAUAAAAAGACAGAAAACGGCGGAGGGUGAAAAUGCGGCGGGAGGGAUUAUUAAUAAUAAUAAAAACAUAAAUAAUUAAUGUUAAGGAUACUGAAACCAUAAAGGUGAAAAAAGAAGAAAUAUUGACUUUUUUUGUACAUAUUUUAGAAACGCUUCUUUGUGCUUUUUGCCACCGACUGCUUCUCAUUUUUAUUUGUUCAAAUGAACGAAAGAAAAAAAACCCAACAAUGUUUAACUUGACGUGAUUUAAUGUAAGACUGUUUAGCCUGAACUGUUUAUAAAAUGAUCCAAAGUUCUCGUGUUUAAUGUAACAUGUGUGUCUGAAUAAACCACAGAAAACUAAAAA